CCAGCUCUCCACACUCCUGUCCCGGGGGAAACGGCUGGGAACGGGGAUCGGAGGAACUGCCUACUGGGUCCCCCGCCUUCGCUAGACCUGCCAAUCGAAACCGCCCCGAAAUUCGGGGGCCAUGGCAGGGGCAGGCCUCUCCUUCUCCGCCACACACGCAAGCACUCAGGCCGCUCCUGCGCCGCAGACUCCCGUCCUUUGCCCGCCUCGGCCCGAGCCCCGGCCGCCAGGCCCCUUCCCUCGCACCCGCACCCCUCCCGCUGCCGAGGCUCCAGAUGGCGGCUCCUCGCGUCGGGCUCGAGGCCCCCAGACGCCGCCCAGCAGCAGCCGGCGGUCGCUCCCUCCCUCCCUCCCAGCUGCUGCGGCAGAGACCAGGAUGGACUGCUUUGAGAGGAGGGCAGGCUCCUGCACAGGCUCUGAUUGGGACGGGAGCCCCGCCGCGGAGGGGCACGCGGGAGCCGCGCUCACGGGGAAGCAGCUUUGCAGGCCCCAGAUGCUCCUCUGAGUGCCCGACACAGCAGCCCUGAGACUGGCGGCAGGGGUUGAGGUCAUUCUCUCGCGGGCCAGGGCCGGGCGACUCUUUAUUUGCCGGAUUUGGUAGUUGAAAGGUGAAAGAGAACCCUGAGAUCCCCCAGCGAAAAUGUGUUGCGGCCCCUGUGGAAGGAGUCAACUUUCAGGCUGUUAAAGUCCUCAAGUCAUUAGCUUCAGCUGCUGCACUAAAGGGGCAAGCCAGCGCCUCUAAGUGGCUUAGCGCACAAACGAGGCUCCCGAGACGGCCGCUGCAACUCCAUCCGCUCUUCCACCACCGGCUGCACGUGAAUUGCUCUCCGGAGCCCAUCUCGGCACAGCCUACGAGACAGCAAUAGCAACACCUCUUGACAUGGAAAUGCACUGAUACAAUAGGCAAAAGAAGCACUCGAUUGCCUCUCCCGGUUCCAGGUGGCCUUAUUUGGGCGAUUCGUUCCUGACCUUAUUCCUGUGAUGGAGGAUUCAGGCAUCCAGCGGGGCAUCUGGGAUGGAGAUGCCAAGGCUGUCCAGCAAUGUCUAACAGAUAUUUUUACCAGCGUUUACACCACCUGCGACAUCCCUGAGAAUGCUAUAUUCGGUCCCUGCAUCCUGAGCCAUACUUCCCUGUAUGACAGCAUAGCUUUCAUUGCGCUCAAGUCCACAGACAAGAGAACAGUCCCCUAUAUCUUCCGGGUAGACACCUCAGCAGCAAAUGGUUCUUCGGAAGGUCUCAUGUGGCUGCGUCUCGUCCAAUCAGCCAGAGAUAAAGAGGAACAGAACCUUGAAGCCUAUAUAAAAAACGGACAGCUGUUUUACCGCUCUCUCCGCAGGAUUGCCAAAGACGAGGAGUUACUAGUUUGGUACGGGAAAGAACUGACUGAGUUACUCUUGCUCUGCCCCUCUAGAUCCCACAGCAAAAUGAAUGGGUCGUCCCCUUACACAUGCCUGGAAUGCAGCCAACGUUUCCAGUUUGAGUUCCCCUAUGUGGCGCAUCUGCGCUUCCGCUGCCCCAAGAGACUUCACAGCGCUGAUGCCAGCCCCCAAGAAGAGCAAGGCGGCGGCGUGGGCACCAAGGAUCACGGGGGCGGGGGCGGUGGCAAAGACCAGCAGCCGCAGCAACAGGAAGCGCCCUUGGGCCCCGGCCCCAAGUUCGGCAAAGCCGGACCUAUCCACCACUACCCGGCCCCCUCCCCCGAGGGCAGUAACCAGCCCGCGGCAGGCGGCGGCGGCGGCGGCGCCAAGCCCUCCACGGACUUUCACAACCUGGCCCGGGAGCUCGAAAACUCGGGGGGAGGCAACAGCUGCUCCCCCGUCCGGGGCCUCGGUGGCGGCGGCGGCGGCGGCGGCCACCAGGAGGCGGAGCUGAGUCCCGACGGCAACGCCACAGGCGGCGGCAAGGGGAAGAGGAAAUUCCCGGAGGAGGCGGCGGAGGGGGGCGGCGGCGUGGGGCUGGCGGGGGGCCGGGGCCGCUUCGCCGAGCGGCCCCUGACCGCCUCCAAGGAGGACUUGGUGUGCACCCCGCAGCAGUACCGCGCCUCGGGCAGCUACUUCAGCCUGGAAGAGAACGGCCGCCUCUUCGCGCCGCCCAGCCCCGAGACGGGCGAGGCCAAGCGCAGCGCCUUCGUGGAGGUGAAGAAGGCGGCCCGAGCGGCCGGUCUGCAGGAGGACGCGGCCGCCGACGGCGGGGGCGCGGCCGCCGAAGACCAGGACGCGGGCGGCGGCGGCGGCGGCGGCUCCUCCACGCCCGUGGCCGCUUCGCCUGCAGGCGCCGACAAGCUGCUGGCCCCGCGGCCUGGGGCGGGCGGCGGCGCGGGCGCCGGGGCCUCCGGCGGAGCGGGCGGCGGCCAGGGUGCCGCGUCGGACGAGCGCAAGAGCGCCUUCUCGCAGCCGGCGCGCUCCUUCUCCCAGCUGUCCCCGCUGGUGCUGGGCCAGAAGCUGAGCGCGCUCGAGCCGUGCCACCCCGGCGACGGCGUGGGCCCCACCAGACUCUACCCCGCCGCCUCCGACCCUCUGGCCGUGAAGCUCCAGGGGGCCGCGGACCUGAACGGAGGUUGCGGGGCCCUGCCGAGCGGUGGCGGCGGCGGCCUGCCCAAACAGAACCCCUUCCUCUACGCCACCGCCUUCUGGCCCAAGAGCUCCGCUGCCGCCGCGGCUGCGGCCGCGGCGGCCGCGGGGCCCCUGCAGUUGCAGCUGCCCUCGGCGCUCACGCUGCUGCCGCCUUCCUUCACCUCGCUGUGUCUGCCCGCGCAGAACUGGUGUGCCAAGUGCAAUGCCUCCUUCCGCAUGACCUCCGACCUGGUGUACCACAUGCGGUCGCAUCACAAAAAGGAGUACGCGAUGGAGCCCUUGGUGAAGCGGCGGCGGGAGGAGAAACUCAAGUGCCCCAUUUGCAAUGAGUCCUUCAGGGAGCGCCACCACCUCUCCAGGCACAUGACCUCGCAUAAUUGACACGGAAAGGACCCUGGCUUUCCACGCGCGCACAGUCACAGUCAAGCCACCUACAGGAAAAACGCGAGGACAUCCACCACCUCCUUGUGACCUGAAACACUGCACCCAAAGACAGACACACACACACACAUACACGUGCCACCCCAACCUUCUCAUUGACCUGUUUACCCGAGACCUGCAUUAUACACGCAGACACACACACGCACGCACGCAUACAAGACAGGAUGGUGGAUUUUUGAUUGGGUGGGUUGUUCGAGGGGUUUUCUUUUGAAUGCACGCAUUUUCACUUUCCAAAAACAAAGGUACAUUUUUAAAAAUGUCAUAUAUUGCAACAUAUUGAUGCAUUUGUCAUACGUUUCUACUUAAAUUAUUAAGCACUUACGGUUUAGAUGUAAUAAUUAUAUGUAAGGGCAAAAUUUAUUUUAGAUAUAAAGUAAAGGAGGAAGGUGAGAUGCUUUCUGCAUUUCUUGAUGACAGUUUGUGUUCUUACAAAAAAAUAAAAUAAAUAAAAAGGGGUCACCAUUCAAUUUAAGUUUCCAGGGGGAAGUGCAUGUAUCAUGAAAUGAUUAUGGACUUCAAUGAAGAAUGUCAUCAUUAUGUAAAUAUGUAUUUCCUUUUAAUACAAAGUGUAAUUUUGUGCCAGUGAAAUGGAGUCUGAAUAGUUAUGUGUUUCUUUUAUCCCUGGAAAGAUUUAUUAAACUUUAUAGAUUAUCCAGGUAUGUUGGAUGCUUUGACAAUAAAUGACUAUUUUCUUCAAAGCAA